AUGCUGAAAGUACCGAUCCGUCGGGCGAGCGCGUCUCGCUUCCCCACCUCUCUCCAUGAUACCGUUGCAGAUCAGGCGAGCGGUAGUCGCCUCCGCGUCUCUCAUCACGAGGGUAACGAGGACCUGGAGAGCGCAGCUCCCCCCCGCUUCUCCAGUUGUGAUACCUCCGCGGAUCUGGUGAGCGCACACUUCCCCCGCGUCCACUGUCCUGGUGCCGCCGUAGCUCUGGCGAGCGGUAGCCGCCUCUGCGCCUUUCUUCCUGCAGCUGCUGCCGUCCUGGCGAGCGGUAGCCGCUUCCGUGCCUCCCGUCCUCGUGCGGGAGACGUGGAUCUGGCGAGCGCGCGCGCCGCCACCGCGUUCCCCGUCACGAUUCUGCCGCCGAUCUGGCGAGCGCGUACCGCCGCCACGCCCCCCCUCCCGAUACAUCCGUGGAUCUGGCGAGCGCGUGCCUCCGUCGCGUCCCCCAUCACGAUUCAGCCGAGGCUCUGGCGAGCGCGCACCGCCGCCGCGUCCUCCGUCCCGAUUCAGGCGCGGAUCAGGCGAACGCGCGCCGCCGCCACGUCCCUCGUCACGCUGCUGACGCGGAUCUGGAGAACGCGCGCCACUGCCACGCCCCCCGCCGUCACCUUUCUCUCCGUCGCGCGGCAGGUCUCGAGUACCGCCCUUUCCUUCCGCCUCCGCCGUGCUCGGCUCCGCCGCCACGCCCGCCUGCGCGGGAUCGUCGUCAUCAACUUCAGCGGGCAUCUCGCGCUGCUCGCCUGCGCCUUCCUCCUGGGGUUCAUCCUGCACGAGUACAAGAUCCACAACGCGGAGGUGCUAUUCCGUGAGGACAGCACGGUGGACGAUCUGAUCGACGUGAUUGAAGGCAACCGCAAGUACAUUCGGUGCCUCUACGUGUACAACAAGAUUGACGUCAUGGGCAUAGACGAUGUGGAUCGCCUGGUCAGGCAGCCGCACUCAGUUGUCAUCUCUGCUAAUCUGGAGGUGCGUUUGGGGUGGGAAAGGGGCAAGGGCAACUGCAAGUACAUUCGGUGCCUCUACGUGUACAACAAGAUAGACGUCAUGGGCAUAGACGACGUUGACAGGCUGGCCAGGCAGCCCCAUUCUGUGGUAAUCUCUGCCAAUUUCGAGGUGGUUAUUCGGUGUUGA